UUCACACGCGUACCAUAAAGGUGCUACGCGGGUCGGAAGUGAUCAUUGGAAGGAAGCGUCGAAACGUAUAAACGAUGACCGCAGGAACAAACAAUACUUGUGGCAAAUGGAGCAUGGAGGAGCGGGAAAAUAUUUUAACGAGCGGAACUCUAGAAGAGAAAAAGGAAGCUUUCAAAGACGACGAAGAGUUGAUGAGAGAAACUACGAAGUUUGUGAACGAUGUUAUACAAACGGCGAGCACGGAGGCCACUAAGAGAAAAGUCUAUUCAGAGAAAGGUGAUGCCAAUGAAGGAAGUAGACUGAAAGGUAUCGCUGGUUGGAAUCGUCGUGUACGUGAAUUCUGCAGUCGAGUACUGAACGUGCUCUGUCUAUGCUUCAACAACAAUGAAUUACUUGGCUGGACGUCGUACCGGUAUCGCUUCACGAGACCUUAAUCGCUCGCUGCCUUCCAGAAAAUUUACUAUGUAUAAGUAUUGUACUAUAUUUUGUCAAGUAAUCGUCGAUUCGACGACCGAUCGAAUAAUAGUAGGAAUAUUUGCCGCCUUUUUCUGAGUAUGUAAUACGAAUUAAC